UCGUCUCUUUGUCUUGUGGGAACGUUAAAAACUAGUGAAGAUAUAAUCCAACACUGAGCUACAGACUGAAUCUUGUCGGUUGGUGUUUUAUGACGUGCGAAGCCUCUAAUGGUGUCAGACAGACGGACUGAAGCUUAAAACUCCCAGCAAGAGGCGUCAUCGUCAACACAUCACCGGUCAGACUGAGAGAAACAUGAACUGUAGGAGUGUGUUCAACUCUGGCGAUCUUAAUUCUGGUGAAUUUUAUCACAAAUCUUGUCAGAACGUUUCCACUUCAUGCAGAUCUGAGGUGAGUCAAGUCUUUUUAACAUCACUUAUUUUUAAUAUGUUGUUUUAGUUGAUUUUGACCUUUAAUCUUAAAUGUGUAUGUGGUUAGACUUUACUUCAACACUUCCUGUAAGUAUUUAAACAUAUAUAUGCAUCUCACAGGUGGUUUAUAAUAUAUAAUGUGGUUGUAAGCAGAUAUUUGUAUUUGUUUAUAACUGUAACUCUGUGAUGAAGAUGGUUUUUAAAAGAUAAUGAACGUUGUAAUAAAACAUAGUGGCGUCUUUGUUGUUGACAACAUUCAAAAUGUAUAAAUGGCUUGUAAACAUUAAAAUAAAGCGUUUCUGUUUUUGUCUAGUUUUGUCUUAAAUGUAUAUAUUUUUUUUACAUUUCAGGUGUUUAACCUCCAGAGCCGCCGGCUGCAGCUGUGAACCGUGACAUCAGCAUCCUGCAGCCAAGAUGGCCGAUGAGAAAAGACUGUCUGCGAGGCGUAAGCAUACUCUGAAGAGCUGUAUGCUGGUGGUCGCCAACAACCUGCUGGAGGCUGAAUCCAACGUGAAGACUACGGAGAGGGAGAAGUACCUGAAAGACAAAUGUCCUCCCGUGGAGCUGCCGUACUCCAAAGAGGAGCUGACGGAACUCUGCAAGAAACUCCAUGAGCAGAUCAACAUCAGCGAGGAGGAGCGGUACUGCAUAGAGUUCAAACUGAACAUGGUGCUGAACGAGGUCCGAGACCUCAACAUCAAGAUUGUGGAUCUGAGGGGAAAGUUCAAGAGACCCCGUCUGAAGAAAGUGCGCAUGUCUGCCGACGCCAUGCUGAAGGCUCUGCUGGGCUCCAAGCACACGGUCAACAUGGACCUGAGAGCCAACCUGAAGCAGGUCAAGAAGGAGGUGAAGGAGGAGGACAAGCAGCUGCGCGACGUGGGUGACUGGCGUAAGAACAUUGAAGACAAGUCUGAUAGGAAGAAGAUGUUCGAUAGUUAAAUGUGAUCCAUCAUUGAUUGUUUUUGGGCUUUUCGGGACAAGAAUCCAGGUCUGAUGUCUUUGCAACUGAAGAGUUUUAUCCCAAAAUGCUGCAUAUCCACCUUAAACCUCCCUUUACCUUGUUGAAGAGAGGAGAUGUUGAUGGUCAUGGAGGUUUAACUGAUUCAGGUGUGAAGUUUCAGGUGUGGUUCAGUACGUGAUGAAUGGUCUCAACUCAUAUUCACCUGCUUCAAAGCCUUAAUUAGAGCCAGCUGUUGUUAAUUCAGGUCAUCAAAACUAACAUUUUUUAAAGUAAAUUACAGUAUUUUUUAUCCCCAGCAUGAGCUUUUCUUUGAACAUUAGUGAAUCUGUGCAGCGAGUUGAGGCAGAGGUCGGGUAGUUUUCUGGAUUUCUCACUUUGGAACUAAACUCUUCGGUUGAAUCUAAGCCGCCUUCUGCUUUUGCCUGUAUGGACGCUGUACUUUGAUGUAUUUGUACUGUACGUACUGAUGUCAGUCGGUACGUGAGUGUUGAAUCACGCCUGCUUUUGUUCUGAGGAGGCUGACCUACACUUCUGCAUUUCAAUACCUUUGAUGGACUUUUAUCCAACUAUUCCAAUGCAAACCUCCAGUUGAACACCUCUUUGCACAGAGACAAGAGUUUAGCUAAUACUUUGCGUUAGCCUGGCAAGCUAACGCGAGUAACUAAUGAAUAAAGCAGCAACCAUCACGUGUAGUGGAAGUGUAGUUCAGCCGACUGUACCGAAUACCAACAUGUUAUCUUUUCUAAAGUGUUCAAUGUGAUGUUGUACUUCUGUCGUUGCUGUCACAUUAAAUACAAAAGCUUCAUGUUCA